AUGUCUUCACCUAGUGAGGAGGAGUCACCAGACCCAAGCCCCGUGCCCAGCAUCUUUGAAGAGGAAAGCUUCCAGUCUCAAUACAGAAUCCUGAGGACCAUUGGCCACGGGAGCAAUGCCAAGGUCCAGCUGGCCCACCACCGCCUCACGGGUACCCCCGUGGCCGUCAAAGUACUUCGAAAAAAGGAGUGGUGCCAGCCAGUCGGGUCUGAGGUAGAAAUAAUGAUGAUAACCAACCACCCCAACAUCAUCUCACUGAUCCAAGUGAUUGAGUCUGAGAAGAGAACAUACCUCAUCAUGGAGCUGGCUGAGGGACAACAGCUUUAUCAAUAUGUCCGAAAGGCUGGCCAUCUGCCGGAAAAUGAGGCCCGGGGGAUCUUCAGGCAAAUAAUAGCAGGUGUGAGCUAUUGCCAUGACCAAGGUAUAAUUCACAGGGACCUGAAACCAGAUAAUAUCAUGCUGGAUGGGAAGGGAAAAGUCAAAAUCAUCGACUUUGGCCUCGGCACCCAAGUCAAGCCUGGGCAAAGGCUAAGCCGGCACUGUGGCGCCUACUCCUUUGGUGCCCCUGAACUCUUCCUUGGCAGACUUUAUGAUGGCCCCAAGGUCGACAUAUGGACCUUGGGAGUAGUCUUAUAUUUCAUGGUAGUCGGUAAGGUCCCAUUUGGUGCUGUCAAUAUACCGGAGCUGCGGAGGCAGGUUGUGUCAGGGAAGUAUCCUGUCCCCUUGGGCCUGUCAGUAGAACUCCAGGACCUGCUUAGCCUCUUAAUGACAGUCAACCCCAAGCUUAGGCCGACAGUGGAUGAAGUGAAAACACACCCCUGGCUCAGGAAAGACACGGAGGCUUUACCAAAUCACUGUGAAGAAAUGGUCCCCAGCCUGCUUGACCCUGCAAUUGUGAAAGCCAUGGAACAUAUUGGGUUCCAAGCCCAGGAUAUCAAAGAUUCAUUACACCAGAGGAAAUUCGACCAGGCCAUGGCGUCCUAUUGCUUGCUGCAAGGGCAGGCUCUCCAGGGGCAUGGCUGCACAACACGUGCUCAGGCCACGAAUCCAGGGGCGACACCAUUCCCUUCCCUAGAGGAUCCUGUUGCUUUCCCUCUAGCACCAAGGAGGAGGGGAAGUGAGCCUACCCUUGGAGCCUUGCUCAGAGGGUCAUCCACUAAUGGUCAGGUGUCUGCCUAUGGCCAGCAGGCAGGUCAAAGAGGGGGCAAAAAUGCCACCGGGCCAGCUCUUCCUCUCUAUAGGCCACUCCAGAGGACAUCCACACUGGACCAAGUCCACCAUCACGCCAGGAGUGCUCCCUGCAUUUACUCAAAGAGCAGCAUCAGUGAGGACACAGAAGACAGCUCACGCUCCCACAGCGCCUCAGCAGAGGGCAAGUCCACCCACAGCCAGGGCCAGCGCAGAGGCUUGAGGGCAUGGCCAAGGAGGAUAGGAAAUGCCAUGACAAGACUGUGUUGCUGCUGUCCAUCAAGGAAGAAACCUCGUCGGGGUCAGAGCAGCGUCUCCCCUCAGAAAUGA